AUCUAUGCCUUCCUUACCUCCUCCCUCUUCUUCUUCUCUCUCCUCUUUCUCUCUCUCUCUGUCUCUCUCUCAUGGCGUUCCACGAUAACAUCUCUCACGAGAUGGCUCUUCAACACUACACCGAUCAACAACAGCAGUUGACCUCAAACGUCGACGUUUUCAUGUCGUCCGACCACCACAGCCUGGGCCAGUCGUCUUCUUCUCCAGAAGCCGCCGGUCCCAAAACCUCACAGUCUCCUCCAACAUGGCUAAACAGCGCAAUUCUCCGGCAACACAACCACCACCACUACCCCGGCGGCAGCUUCCUCCACCUUCAAACCACAAAUUCCGAUUCUUCCAACUCCAACAACCACUGGCUGCAGUCUCCGAGGCCUAACCGCGAACAGAUGUUUGUUUCGGAUGAUAACAAUGAUAUGAAAUUGAGACAACAGAGUGAUGGUAAUAAUGGAAAUGAAGGUGAUUGGGAGUUUGCCAAGUGUAAGGCGGAUAUAUUGGCGCAUCCGAUGUAUGAUCAGUUGUUAUCCGCGCAUGUUUCCUGUUUGCGAAUUGCGACUCCAGUGGAUCAGUUGCCCCGGAUUGAUGCGCAGCUGGCUCAGUCUCAGCAGGUUAUUGAUAAGUACUCUGUUUUCGGUAAUCAUAGUCAGCCUCUUGAUGAUAAAGACCUCAAUCAGUUUAUGGCACACUAUGUUGUUCUUCUGUCUUCGUUUAAAGAACAAUUGCAGCAACAUGUUCGUGUCCAUGCGAUGGAAGCAGUCAUGGCUUGCUGGGAGCUAGAACAAUCUUUACAAAGCUUAACAGGUGUAGCACCUGGUGAGGGUACAGGCGCAACAAUGUCUGAUGACGAUGAAGAACAAGUAGACAGUGAUGCUAACAUGUUUGAUGGAGGUUUAGAUGUUUCAGACAGCAUGGGGUUUGGUCUUCCAACUGAAAGCGAACGUUCUUUAAUGGAACGUGUUAGGCAGGAACUCAAGCAUGAGCUAAAGCAGGGGUAUAAGGAGAAAAUUGUGGAUAUCAGAGAGGAAAUUCUACGUAAACGAAGAGCUGGAAAAUUACCCGGAGAUACCACCUCCCUCCUCAAAGCCUGGUGGCAAUCCCAUUCCAAGUGGCCUUACCCUACGGAGGAAGACAAAGCAAGAUUGGUACAAGAAACCGGAUUACAACUAAAGCAGAUUAACAACUGGUUCAUCAACCAAAGAAAAAGGAACUGGCACAGUAAUCCGUCAUCCUCAACCUCCGCCAAGAGCAAACGCAAGAGUAGUGCUAGGUGAAACGGCCAAGGAACGCUUUGUGUCUAUCUGACACAAGAAAACACGUCGCAUGACCAUUUCAACUCUAGACAAAAUGCAGUUAUGCUGUAAGAGUGAAGUGAAAUAUAUUGAUGUGAGUUAGUAUGCAAGUAAACGAGGCAGGUCUUGACCAAACGAUUCAAAGCUUCAGUGACUUGUUCUUGAAGGUAUGCAGACACUUAGAACAACUAUCAGCACUUGUAUUCUAUUUUGAAAUUUAGUAAUUUAAAAGGCUUUUCAUUGGGUUGGGUAGGGUGGCUUAGAACUGUUACAGUUUUUUGUAUGUAUAGCAAACCACAUGGUCUUAGUUGGUUAUACUAUCGAGCUGGCCAACAUGAUGUGUUUGUGUAUUGAUAUUGCAAGACUUUGCUUAAACGGAUCAAA